AUGACUAUCUGGAAAGUUUCAUAUAUAGGAAGCAUUUAUUGUUUUCAUCAUGACUUGUAUCAAAACAGCUACAGAACGAUAAGUUGGCUGAGAGUUCUUGCGAGGAUUAAACCCAUAAUUGGUUAUUCUAUGCUUCUCCCAUCUAAGAAUCAUGCAUCUCGAUUAACAACCCUAAAGAAAAAGGAGAAUCUAAAUUCUUCGAGAAAUUCCCAUGUUCAUUUUUUCAUGACACCUUCCUUUUUAUCUUGGCUACAAAUACAUACAGACCAAGCUGUAAAUUCGAUGUAUCAAGAUAACAAUGGAGUCCCACCAUUGGGAGCAUGUGAGCGUUCUUCCGUCCCACCUCCAAUGCCAACCUUUAGAAUCAGAUCAUCAUCAAUAAACAGGGAGUUAGAGAUGUCAGAGAAUAGUGCAGGGCAAGAAAGCUACCAAGAACAGGAUAUGCUUUCGAAUCGCCACGAAUCAAUAUCUUAUGGUUCAGCUCGGGAUAUUCAAAUCAAGAAUGUAGAGACGAUUGCUUAUAGCUAG